AUGACUUCUGAAACUAUCAUUAAAGAUUCGCAAAUACGUGGAUUAUCAUCUUUGAGAACUAGUAUUGGAUACUGUUGUUGUAAAAUAAUUCGAAAAGGAGGAAAAUAUAAUCUAAAGGAUACAGAUUCAACGGUUAACAUUGUUCAAAAUACAUCAAAAGAUCACGAACGUAGAGAACGUAAUCAAGUGUUAGAAAAAAUUGCAAAAACUUUACCGACAACAUCAACACCGCAAAACAGCCAUGCUCAAUUGCAAACAAUUACACAAUCGACGCCGUCACGAUCAACAAUAACAAAACAAUAUCCAUCAGCACAAUCAUCGCGGACAAUUGUUACUUCAAAAACGAACACUUCACAUAUAUUAAAUAGUCAACAACCUCAUCCAGCACAGCAACAACCGGCCUUGACCUCAUCACAAUUUACAAAAACCAAAGAUCCAGACGAAACAAGUACGGGUAAGUAA